CUGAAGAUACUAUAUGCUCCCCAUAUGAGACAAAUCUUCCAGUGACACCACAUGUCAAUUAAUUGCUCUUGUUCAUGCGUGUAAUUUGAUUUAAUGCUGGGUUCUGAUUGACAUCAGUAACCUCCAUUAUUUAACUACCAAUAUUGCUAAUGGGGUAUGCUUUUUUCAGGAACCUGGAACUCUGUAUAAAAAGAGGCUCUGUUUCUCACUUCGUAGUUUGUCGACAGUUGAUGUCAUGGGAGUUAGUCAUCAUGCUAAUCUCAGACCAAACCAUACGUACCAGUGGGCCUCUGUAAUAAUUAAUGAUCGAAAGGAGGCCUAUGAUGGCGCUGGCGAAAGACACACUUGCGUAACAUACCAUUAGGUUUCGCAUAGCAGCCAUGCCACAGUAAAGGGGGCAACUAGUAACAUGGUCCAUAUUUCAUUUUAUACAGAUGAUAUGGAAGACGAUAUUUGAAGACGACAAUAGAAUUAAAAGAAAACAUUACACGAUCAGUUUGAAAACCUCGUCGAGGAACUAAACAGUAGCUCGUGUCUAGAAAUAGUUUAUGAGAAAAGGAUGCAACGGGUUGCUGACGAUCCCCGCCACAAUAUGAUAAAAGGACCGGGAAAUAACGUUGCAGAUAUCAAUGCUGCAUCAUGUGCAGCUGGAAUCAAUGAGGGGUUGGGUCCAAAUGAAGCUAAUGAACAUAUCUAUGCAGAUGUUGUAGUGGAAAUCAAAAUAAACACUUUGGAAGAACCCAGUAAGAAAGAACCCCUCCAUGCUAUGGCUACUGCUUCUUCAAAUCCAGCAAGUACGGAAGAUCGAGCAAAUGGUACAAUUGAUUCCAACGAGAUUUCAAAUGCAGAAUCGAAAGGCCGUAACGUCGCUUUCAAUCUCCCAUUGACAGCUGGUAUUGAAGAAACCCGUAACGUUAGCGCAAAGGAUCAGCCCAACGAUUCAAUGAGAAAGAAGGUGAGCUCCACAUUGUCGGAAUAUGCUGAGAUGGCAUCUGUUAAUGGACCAAAACGUAUAGUUCGAGCAAAAAGUAGACCGUCGAUGGUUGCAUGGAGUGUUAUAUUUCUUGGAGUGGUUUGCAUGGCGGUGUACCUUAUAGUUGGUGUUGUCGUCAAAUAUUACACAUAUCCCAUACAAGAUGGCAUAACUAUCAAAACACAGCCACUAGCUUUUCCAGCUGUAACACUGUGCCCUUUCAUACCAAACUCUAUGUCUGAUUUGAAAAAAGCGUUACGCUCAAAAGAAGCCAAGCUACCAUUUGCAAAUUUAUUAGGGGAUAAAAUAACAGAAACAAUGAUAAGAUAUCAUAUAAGCGCAGUGCAUACACGAAAUAUGUACGAAUUCUCCAUCAAUCCAGAAACCUUCGGACUUUUAAAAUUCAAUGGUACAGAUAUUAACAUGAAGAAGAUAUUUCAGUUACGCGAGGCAUUGCGUUCAAGUGGAUGGUUAGUGGAAAACGUUCCGAUAAAUGACUUCAGUAGAAAUUUGCUUAAGCAAAUCAAAUCCAAAGACUUCAUCAUGGAAUGCACCUAUAAUGACAAGGCGUGUGAUGAUCUGAUAGACAUAUCGAUAUCAAACACAGUAUAUGGACGCUGUUUUACAUUAAACGUUAAUGAGUCCAUCGGAUAUGUUCAGGAGGUUGGGCCGGACAAGGGACUUGUGCUGCUCCUUUAUACGGGCCGUCAUAACCCACUUCAAAGAAUUGGUAUGGGAAAUGGUGGCUAUGAGUUUGAAUCUAAAUAUGCUGAACCAAGCGAUGGUGUUAAGGUUGUUGUUCACAAGCCAGGGACAAUGCCAAGACCAUACAGCGAUGGGUUUUUCGUCACUCCCGGCAGACUUGCCGCAGUCGGAAUAACCCAAUCUGAGCGAACACGACUUCUGCCACCACAUGGCGAAUGCACUGAUGCAGUUUUCAAUACGAACACAACAUAUAAAUAUACAUACGAGAUAUGUGUAGACCAAUGCAUACAGGAAAGAAUCAAGGAGAACUGUGGGUGUGUUUCUCCUAUGUUCCCAGUCCCUAAAGAUCACGAUUUUAAAAGAAUUCAAUAUUGUGGAAAUAUAUCUGACAUAUUCAAGUCUUAUAACGAUAAUGAAACGAGUGCUGAGCUUUCUAUGUUUAGCGUUCUGUUAGAGUAUACGGAACGUCUGCAUGCUUCAGAAAAGGGAGAUUUUGAACAUUACAUCGACACAAUUUUGUCAACGCCAGAGCUGAGAAAGCAGUUGGCAAAUACUGUUGAUGAAAUAAUAGCGAGAUUGCAGUGCGAAAAUCAUUGGAUGAUAUCUGACAAAGACUCCUGCAAAUGCAAACGACAGUGUAAAGAAAAUGAGUACACUCAUCUGAUCAACACCAUUCCGUGGCCUGAGAAAAGUGUCGUUGAUACCGGAGGACACAGAGGGUUCGUAAAGUUCUUUCAGAAACAUAAACAUUUUGAAACUCUUAUGCAUAAUCUCGUAGGACUUACACGUGAAAUAGGUGAUCUACAUUUUUAUCGACAGAGUCAAAUUGAAAAUAUGUUGCGCGGAGAGAAAUCUGAAUUCAGGAACACUGCAGAGGCGUUAGUAGCUUUGAUUCUAACCACGAGAUUUGACUUUAUGAAUGAGCUGUUUCUUUACACAGAAAAUUUUCAGAACGUCUACGGAAUAUCAUCGUUCACAAUUGCUACAUAUCUGGAUAAAUUCAUUGACACAAAUUUUUUGAAACUGAACAUUCAUUUUGAAUCAUUAGAUGUUAGGGUUGUCUACGAAGAAAGGACCUACACAUAUGCCAGUGUAAUAAAGGACAUAGGCAAUGUAUUCGGCUUCUACCUGGGAAUGUCAGUAUUCUCUGUGAUGGAGGCGGUUUUCAUGAUUUGCCUUCUGAUAAAACUGGUAAUAUGUCAAAUGGUAAGAUCGGAAGAGAAUGAUGAUGACAACAUUGGCGAGCAACAUAUCAAGGGCACAGAUGAUAUUGAUUAAGUCAUUGUCGUUCUAGAGAAGUUUGUUACGUCAACAAUGAAGAUUUUGACUUGUCUUUAUUGCUAGUAAUAUGUCAAAUGGGCAAAGAUGAUAUUGAUUAAGCCAUUGUCGUUCUAGAGAAGUUUGUAACGUCAAGAAGUUUGUAACGACUUGUUUUUAUUGCUGGAAUAGAAACACUAAAUCCAAGACGCAGCAAAUCCCAUCGAACAGACAAGGCUGCUAUUUUUACAAAUUUCCUCUACUACUCUUUAAGUUAUAGUAAAGUCGUAAAAUAACACAAAAUGCCCACUAUUUUUCAAAAUAGUCGCUCACUAGCAAAAUUGUCAUAAGAAACUGUAAUAUGCCUUUUAGUUGGCACAUAUAAAAUUUCAACAAAAUUGCUCCCUUAUAGUAAAAACGUAAAAUAAACAAGGGGUCGUUUUCUGAAAUGGCCUACCACUAGCCAAAGUGGCAUGC